AUGGCCAGCGCACAGCCGGGGGUCCACGCCUUGAAGCUCCAGCCUCCAGCUGUGUCACACACCCUCAGGAACGGCAGCAACUUCAUCAAAUGGGACGAGGAUCUCUCCACUGUAACUCCUGUGACUCUCUACGUGGACCCUCAUGGACUGUUUCUAUACUGGACCGAUCAGAACAAGGAGACAGAGUUGCUAGACUUAACCCACGUGAAAGAUGUGCGGACGGGCAGAAGCACCAAAACAGCCAAGGAGGCUAAGCUGCGGGAGUUGCUGGACGUGGGCAAUCUGGUGGGCCGGCUGGAGAACCGCAUGGUCACCGUGGUGACGGCUUCUGACAUUGUCAACGUCAACCAGAUUAUCUUCAUCGCGUCUCAGGAGGAUGAAGCAAAGGUGUGGUCCGAGGAGCUCUUUUGUCUAUCUUCCAACCUGCUGAGUCACAAUUUGAACAGGGACCACAGUCUACUCAAAGCGUACGUGAAGUUGACACUACAGCCCAAUGGCGAAGGCAGAAUUCCCGUCAAGAAUAUUGUACGCUUGUUUUCGUCAGACAGGAAGCGAGUGGAGAACGCGCUGGAGAAUUGCCGACUUCCUUAUGGACGGGGCGACGCGAUCAAACUGGAGGACUUCACUCUGGAGGUGUACAAAAGCUUCCUGGAGCACCUUUGCCCUCGACCAGAGCUCGCCAACAUCUUUAAACUGCAGGGAGGCGACGGCGGUACCGUGUCAGUGGAUCAGAUGACAGACUUCAUCAAUAACAAGCAGCGGGACCCCAGACUCAACGAGAUCCUGUACCCACCUCUCAGGCCUGCUCAGACGCAGACACUCCUGGAAAGACACCAAAGCGACAAGAGGCUGCUGGAGCAGGGCCUGAUCUCAGUCCAGGCCUUUAGCAGUUAUCUGUCCAGCGAUGAGAACGGCGUCAUCCCCCCUGACAAACUGGACCAGUCGGAAGACAUGAGCUUCCCUUUGUCGCACUACUUUGUCAACUCCUCUCACAACACUUACCUGACAGCGGGCCAGCUGGCAGGAAGCUCCUCGGUUGAAAUGUACCGACAAGUCCUGCUGGCCGGAUGUCGCUGUGUGGAGCUGGACGUGUGGAAAGGUCGCACGGCGGAGGAAGAGCCCGUCAUCACGCACGGCUUCACAAUGACCUCGGAGAUCUCCUUCAAGGAGGUUAUUGAGGCUAUUGCAGAGUGCGCCUUCAAGACAUCUCCUUUCCCAGUCAUCUUGUCGUUUGAGAAUCACGUUGACUCUUUGAAACAGCAAGCAAAAAUGGCUGAAUACUGUCGAUCCAUCUUUGGGGACGCGUUACUGAUCGACCCACUGGACAAAUAUCCGCUGGAGUCAGGUACGCCGCUGCCAAGUCCUCAGGAGCUGAUGGGCAAAAUCUUGAUCAAGAACAAGAAAUCUCACAAAGCCUCCGUCAGCGGUGAUGUCAAGAGACUGACGGAGCAGCCGGCUAAUCAGGACCCUGAGCCUGUCUCUCUUAGCAACAAUACUACAGCUGAGAUGGAGGCAGAGAGCGAGGAAGACGAUGAUGAUGACGACGAUGACGGGAAAAAGGGCUCGUCGGAACGAGAGGCCGUGGCCACGGAGGAGAUGUCCACUCUGGUCAACUACGUACAGCCUACUAAGUUCAACUCCUUCGAAGUCUCCAAGAAAGCAGCCCGCUGUUACCACAUGUCGUCAUUUGUGGAGACCAAAGCUCUGGAGCACCUCACCAAGUCACCGGUGGAGUUUGUGGAAUACAAUAAAUCUCAGCUGAGUCGGAUAUAUCCCAAAGGAACCCGGGUGGAUUCAUCCAACUUCAUGCCGCAGCUUUUUUGGAAUGCUGGCUGUCAACUUGUGGCCCUCAAUUAUCAAACCAUAGAUCUGUCCAUGCAGUUGAACCUCUUCAUGUUCGAGUACAACGGCCGCAGCGGCUACAGGCUGAAGCCUGAAUUCAUGCGCCGGCCAGACAAACACUUUGACCCCUUCACGGAGAAUACGGUGGAUGGCAUCGUAGCCAACACACUCUCCGUCAAGGUUAUCUCAGGCCAGUUCCUUACGGAGCGCCGGGUGGGCGUCUACGUGGAAGUGGAGAUGUUCGGACUUCCUGUUGACACCAGGAGGAAAGCUCUGAAGACCAAAACCUCGCAGAACAACAAUGCCAUCAAUCCAGUGUGGGAUGAGGAACCCGUAGUCUUUAAGAAGGUGAUUCUUCCCACUCUGGCCUCGCUGAGAAUCGCUGCCUUCGAGGAAGGAGGGAAGUUUAUCGGCCAUCGCAUAAUUCCUGUGUCUGCCAUACGACCUGGGUAUCGUUAUAUUGGCCUGAGGAAUGAAAGGAACCAGUCUCUUAUUCUCCCUGCCAUUUUUGUCUACAUCGAAGUCAAAGACUACGUCCCUGAUACUUUCGCAGACGUGAUUGAGGCUCUUUCCAAUCCGAUUCGAUACGUCAACCUGCUGGAACAGCGUUCUAAGCAACUGGCUGCACUUACGCUGGAGGACGGAGAUGAUGAUGCGCAGACAGAGGAUGAGACCGACAGCUGUGUCGAUCGGAAAAAUGAUCCCAAGUCGCCAUUGGUGGAGAACGGGCUGAGCCCGACCACUGGACCCGCGGGCCACGCACCCGUCGCCGUGGCACCCAAGCCGUCUGUGGCCAGUCAGCAAACCGCUACGGCAGAUGUGGCCAAACCAACAGCAAAAACUGAAGAUUUGGUGUUAAGUGUUUUAAUCGACGUGCCCAUUGGCACGCUGGCUGGCUUGCAGCAGUCCAAAAUGUACCAGAAAGAGCAGCGGCGCCAGUUCAAGGAGCUGAAGGAACUAGUGAGGAGGCACCACAAGAAGACAUCAGAGCUCCUGCGAGACAUCAACAACAAGUACAAGAAGACGGCCAGACAGUGCAGCAAGAACAGGAGCUCGACGUCCGAGGAGCCCGAUGAACGUCUUCAGUCGCUGCGGGACGAGCAGCACGAGCAGCUGGUGGCACUCCGGCAGGAGCAGUACUACAGCCAGAAAUAUCUGCAGAGGGAACACAUUAAGACGCUGAACGAGCGACUUAGCAGCCUGGCUGAAGAGAAUCACAAUAUACGGAUGAAGAAACUAAAAGACAUCUGCAGCAAGGAGAAAAAGGAACUGAAAAGACAGAUGGACCGAAGAAGAACCGAGAAGAUCAACCUAGCGAAAACCAAGGAGAAACAUCUGGCAGAAGAAGAGAAGAUGGAGAUCAAUAAGUCGUAUGUCAACGAAGUGGUGCAGAACAUCAAACGGCUGGAGGAGACGCAGGCCAAGCGGCACGAGCAGCUGGUGGAGCAACACAAUCAUCUGCUGCAGGAGAUACAGGAGCUCAAACCAAAGCUGCAGGGUGCCAUCGAGGCAGAGUUUCAAGAGAAGUUCGACCGUUUGCCCGGUGAGAUUCGAGACUUCCUGCAGGACAGGAGGCCAGAGGUCAGAGGUCACAGCAAAUCUCGACCGUCCACCCCCAACGAGAUUCUCUCCGAAGACGACUGA